CAGCGGUGAAGGUUUGGGCGCGGCCGUAGCGCCCGGUUCUUCCCCCUCCGCGCGGGACCCGCUCGCUCUCCCCGGCCGAUCGGCCCCCUCCGGCCUGCCCUGAGCCGCGUCCCUCCUGCCCGCAGCGCGUCCCCGGCACGAUGUCUCGAAGAUAUGACUCCAGAACUACCAUAUUUUCUCCAGAAGGUCGCUUGUACCAGGUUGAGUAUGCAAUGGAAGCAAUCGGACAUGCAGGUACUUGCUUGGGAAUUCUAGCAAAUGACGGUGUUUUGCUAGCGGCAGAGAGACGCAACAUUCACAAGCUGCUUGAUGAAGUUUUUUUCUCAGAGAAAAUAUACAAACUUAAUGAGGACAUGGCUUGCAGUGUUGCAGGAAUAACUUCAGAUGCCAAUGUUCUAACAAAUGAACUGAGACUGAUUGCGCAGAGGUAUUUGUUACAAUAUCAAGAGCCCAUUCCUUGCGAACAGCUGGUAACAGCACUAUGUGAUAUCAAGCAGGCUUAUACGCAGUUUGGAGGAAAACGUCCUUUUGGUGUUUCACUGCUGUAUAUUGGCUGGGAUAAGCAUUAUGGAUUUCAGCUGUAUCAAAGUGAUCCUAGUGGAAAUUAUGGAGGCUGGAAAGCUACAUGCAUUGGGAAUAAUAGUGCUGCAGCUGUGUCAAUGCUAAAGCAAGACUACAAAGAAGGAGAAAUGACCUUAAAGACUGCGCUUGCAUUAGCCAUUAAGGUUCUAAACAAAACCAUGGAUGUCAGCAAACUCUCUGCAGAGAAAGUUGAAAUUGCAACACUGACAAGAGAGAACGGAAAGACAGUAAUAAGGGUUCUGAAGCAAAAGGAGGUGGAACAGUUGAUAAAACAACAUGAGGAGGAGGAAGCAAAAGCUGAACGUGAAAAGAAGGAAAAAGAACAAAAAGAGAAGGAUAAAUAGAAUAUGAAAUCAAGCGUUCUGUAGAUAAUAUAGGACCUGCUUCAGUAAAAGACAGUCUGGAUUUCUGUUUUGUAGAAGCCUACAAAUAUGCCAUGGAGGACCCAGAAUUACUUUUGAUGAACCAGGUCCUUAAAGAUAAUUAGUUUACUGCUCCUUACAUCGACCAAUAAUUGCUUUAAUUCUUGAACACUCUAUUUCUUUCAUCUUCUAUUUUUUAUUAUGGAAUAAAAUUUAAGAAGAAUA